CUGGGGAAAAUCAAUUAAUAAGAAACGGAAAAAAAUUGUUGCUCAAAAAAAAAAAGAAACGGAAAAAAUUAGCCACUUGCGCAGCUCUGACUCAGUUUAACUCCGACCUCUCUCUCUCUCUCUCUCUCCCGGCGAUUCUGUUCAGCUCUUGGAAUCGGAACGGCCCAAGCUUUAGACUCGCAGAUUUCUCAAGAUUCGCCUCAAUCUUAGUUUCUCUCUACUUCAGAGCAAGCAGCUCCAUCAUUCGGAUCAUCGAAGGUUCGCUUAGCUUCGCCGAUAGAUAUUCAUGAUGCUAUUGUUGUAAUCAAGAAACUAUGGAGGAUCUUCGGCUAUCACCACUGCGACUAGGCAGCUUCAAGUCGUCACCUCCAAGGGGUUCACCUACAUUCAGGAGAGUACAUUCUGGCAGGACUCCACGUAGAGAGGUCAAAGCUAAUGGCGGAGCUCUUCAGUGGUUCAGAAGUAACCGGCUGCUCUAUUGGCUGCUUUUGAUUACUCUUUGGACCUAUCUUGGAUUCUAUGUUCAGUCUAGAUGGGCGCAUGUUGAUGAUAACAAAGUUGAGUUCUUGCGCUUUGGGGGCAAACUUAGGGAAGAUGUUUUGCAUGUGGAGCAGAAUAAACGAGUGGAUUCGGUUGCUGAUAAGACUACUCAUUUGGUAGUGGAUGGUACUAAUGUAGUACAUGUGGAUGUUAAUAAGAGGAUGCAUGUGUCUCUGGCCAAGAAAGAGGAUGGCACACCUAGGCGAAGCUUGAGUGCCAGGAGGAGGAGGAGGAGAAAGGCUGGUCGUAGCUCACGUAGUAAGACUCAGAAGGUGAGAAAAGUUGUGGAGGACUUGGAUGAGCAAGAUCCAGAGCUUCCAAAGACGAAUGUUACCUACGGUAAGCUUUUUGGUCCUUUUGGGUCACUAGAGGAUAAGAUUCUUGAGUGGAGUCCGCAGAAGCGAUCAGGGACGUGUGACAGGAAGUCAGACUUUAAACGCCUUGUUUGGUCGAGGAGAUUCGUCCUGCUUUUCCAUGAGCUUUCAAUGACCGGUGCUCCAAUCUCGAUGAUGGAGCUGGCUUCCGAGCUUAUGAGCUGUGGCGCAACGGUCUAUGCGGUGGUUCUGAGCAGAAGGGGUGGUUUGUUGCAAGAGCUCAUAAGGAGAAGGAUCAAAGUGGUUGAAGAUAAAGGAGAACUCAGCUUCAAAACCGCCAUGAAAGCAGAUCUUGUCGUUGCAGGAUCAGCUGUUUGUGCUACAUGGAUUGAUCAAUACAUGGAUCACUUUCCAGCUGGUGGAAGUCAAAUAGCUUGGUGGGUAAUGGAGAACCGGAGAGAGUACUUUGAUCGGGCAAAGCCUGUACUUGACCGGGUGAAGCUGCUUAUUUUUCUAUCUGAAGUACAGAGCAAACAGUGGUUAACAUGGUGCGAAGAGGAGCACAUAAAGCUUAGGUCUCAGCCAGUUAUCGUUUCGCUCUCUGUUAAUGAUGAGUUGGCUUUCGUAGCCGGGAUUUCCAGUUCGCUGAAUACUCCAACACUGACCACAGAGAUGAUGAAGGCGAAAAGACAAGCACUACGUGAAUCAGUCAGAAAGGAAUUUGGUUUGACAGAUAAAGAUAUGCUUGUGAUGUCUCUUAGCAGCAUUAAUCCGACGAAAGGACAACUUCUUCUCCUUGAAUCUGCCGCCUUGGCACUAGAAAGAGCAAAUGAACCAGAACAAGUUGCUAAAGGUACUCAGUCCAAAAUCAAGAACCUCAAUGGCAUCAAGAAAGAAAAGAUUAGUCUUUCAGUCAGACAUCGGUUAAGAGGUUCAGCAAGAAAGAUGAAAAUCAAGUCUCGUGUUGUUGAUAAUCCGUCUGUUCUGUCUGCCACCGGUAAAAGGAAGCUGCUGUUCUCUGCCAACGUAACACAGAAACAAGACCUUAAGCUUCUUCUUGGAUCAGUUGGGUCCAAGAGCAACAAAGUUGCAUACGUUAAGGAAAUGUUGAACUUCUUGUCAAAGAACGGAAACUUAUCGAACUCGGUUGUGUGGACUUUAGCGACCACUCGUGUUGCCUCACUAUACUCUGCAGCAGAUGUCUACGUAACAAACUCCCAGGGAAUUGGUGAAACAUUUGGGAGAGUGACUAUCGAAGCAAUGGCUUAUGGUCUUCCGGUGCUUGGAACAGACGCAGGAGGAACAAAGGAGAUAGUGGAGCACAAUGUGACAGGGCUGCUACACCCUGUGGGGAGGCUAGGUAACAAAGUGUUAGCUCAGAAUCUCUUGUUUCUGCUUAGAAACCCAUCUACAAGGCUACAGCUAGGAAGCGAAGGACGUAAGAAGGUUGAGAAGAUGUACAUGAAGCAACACAUGUACAAGAGAUUUGUAGAUGUUCUAGUCAAAUGCAUGAGACCCUAAGUGUGUACUUGCCCUCGUUUAUUUUGCUUUAGUUGUUCAUGAUCCAGGAUAAACAAAACCCAAUUCUUAUCAAAUUCGCUGAUAUUCUUUAGUUAUGUAAGUUUCUGUA